AAGCUUUUGGGAUCUUAGCGAACCACAAAAGUUUGGGCAAAAAUUUAGUGGAUUCCGUGAUGGCUGCUACGGAUGCAUUUGCAGCUUUGGACGCCAACAACGAUGGUGUGUUGAGCCGGGAGGAAUUCCAAGCAGCGAUGGAGCAAACUGUGCCUGUAGCAGCGGCCGCCUCCGGAACCUUGACUUACACGACUGGGCAGCCCAUGACCUAUGCUGCAGGCCAGCCGAUGACAUACACCGGGCAGACCAUGACCUACGGCUCUGCUCCCAUGAUUUACACUGCACCACCAGUGUACAUCACUGCUCCUGCAGCUACCACUGAAAUGGCACCAGCAUAUGCAGCCGCACAGCCAGCUCCUGUGACAGCAACUUACACUGCGCCACCAGUGUACAUCACUGCUCCUGCAGCCACCACUGAAAUGGCACCAGCAUAUGCAGCCGCACAGCCAGCUCCUGUGACAGCAACUUACACUGCGCCACCUGUCUACGUGACAGCUCCUAUGGCCAGCACCGAAGCUGCCCCAGCAGGCACUGUGAGCUCACUGUCCCAGCCAAUGACCUAUGCUGCAGCCCCUCAGGCAGCACCCCCCGUCACUGCUACCUACACUGCACCUCCAGUGUAUAUCACUGCUCCAGCAGCGACGACCGAGGCUGCCCCAGCAGCCACAAGCUCAGUGACAAUGGGAACUCCGGUCACGGCAUACACUUCGGCUGCGCAGCCUGUUCCCGUGACUGCAACCUACACUGCUGACCCAGUGUACCUGACCGCGCCUGCAGUGACCACCACGACAAUGCCUGCGAUGACAAGCUCUGCUGCGAUCCCUCAAACUAUCUCUUCAGCAGCUGUCCAGCCAAUGACGUUUGCUAGCUAUGCUUCUCCUCAACCAUCCAUGAUUUAUGCUGCUCCUGCAGCUGCCCCAGAACCAGUUCCACAGCCCAUGAUUUAUGCCGCUCCUGCUGCUUCUCCUGAACCGGUGCCGCAGCCAAUGACAUAUGCCGCACCAGUUGCAGUGCCUGAGCCAGCCCCUCAGCCAAUGAUCUAUGCUGCUCCUGCUGCCGCUCCUGAGCCGGUGCCACAGCCAAUGACAUAUGCAGCCCCAGCUGCAGUGCCUGAGCCAGCCCCGCAGCCGAUGAUUUAUGCUGCUCCUGUAGAGGUACCGGAGCCGACGCCAGCACCUGUGCAGCCUAUGAUUUACGCGGCUCCAGCUGCGGCCCCUGAGCCAACUCCAGAGGCCUCACAGCCCAUGAUCUAUGCAGCCCCAGCAUCUUCAGUACAGGCUGCACCCAUCUCCACCGUGGGCGGAAGCUCAGCUGCGAUGGUGCCACAAACAGCUUCACCCACCAUGACCUUCAAUUCCGCCCCUGUGCCCAUGCCUAUGACGGCAACAUACACUGCCCCAGCACAGUAUGUCACAGCACCAGCUGCCCCCACAACCACCAUCAGCACCAUUGGCUCCGCUGCUCAGCCCGUGUCUUCCGCGACAGCAGUGCAACCAGGCACCUACACCACUGGACAGCCGAUUGUUUACAGUUCCCAACCUGUGACAUAUGCUGCACCACAGACUGUGCUUGCUCCACAAGUGGCCACAGCACCUGUCCAGUAUACCACGAUGGCUGCAAGCCGCACUUGGGUGCCUCAAGCCCAAACGCAGUACACAACUGCUCCUGUGCAGUAUGUGUCAAGCACUACAGGUCAGACAGACCUUUUCGCGAAGUUGGACACCAAUGGCGAUGGAACGUUGUCCCGAGAAGAGUUUGCUGCUGCGAUGCCUCAGUGAAACGAUUGGCGGUCUCGUGUGGUGGAGGCGAACGCUGCGGUCCAAAGCUUGAAAGGCUCGAUGAUGCUGCAGAUUGAGAGACCGUCUUGGCGCAGCCUCCGGUUUUGAAAGUCAAUGAGAGAGUAACAGUGACAGAAUGCAUUCAAGUAUAUAGGACGUAGAGAAGAAAUGUGCUGUG